AUGCCGACCCCUUUGAUCUACAAAAUUCUCAACAUAUGCCUCGUUGAGAGUAAACAGGCAACAAAAUCUACAAGAUGUGAGGCUCACUCAACAAUGAUCACGCAAUUUGUCAAUUCAGAGGAAUGCAACAAGAAGCCCAUUGCCUUGACAACCAUCAAGCAAGUUCACGUGAUAAAAGACAAGUCACGUUUAUUUAGAAACCCACUUCCAGACAAGUUGCAAGCUCCAUCUUAA